AUGUGUUUCAAGUGGAAAUUAACCCUCUUCGGUCGAUCUUUGUUUCUCAUAAUUCUUGAAAUCCUAGCGAAUGCAGCUUGCUGGAUCGCUGCCGGCAUUGCAUUCGGAAGGCGUGAAGAAACGCGAGGUACACUAAGUUUAGCAUUGCUUGCUUGGACGAUCGGUCUUCGUCAUGGAUUGGAUGCGGAUCACAUCAGCGCGAUUGAUAAUGCUACCAGAGGGCUGAUAAACAUGGGCCAGCUUCCAGUAACAUGCGGGCUUUUCUUCUCACUAGGUCACAGUACUAUUGUCAUUGUUGUCAAUGUUGCUAUUGCUAUUAGUACGAGUGUUUAUGACAAGAUUUCCGGAGUAGGCGAUAUUGGAGGGAUAGUCGGAGCUGCUGUUAGCGGUUCCUUCCUGUUCAUCAUUGGGCUCGCGAAUUCCAUUAUCCUUUAUAGGAUUAUUCGGAAUCGGAGGCGGAGGAGACGUCAAGAAGACGCUGGAAUUAUUGCAUAUGAAGAUAAUCCGGCGGAGAAGUCCAUUAUGAUGCAAAUAAUAGGACCCGUCACGACUUUCGUGAAUAAACCUUGGAAGAUGUACCCCGUCGGAGUAUUAUUCGGAUUUGGUUUUGAUACUGCUUCAUCCAUUGCCCUCCUUGCCGUUACUGCGCUUGCGGAAAAAAGUGCGAGCGGUAAAGGUAUUCCGCGAGCCGACAUUAUCAUCUUACCCUUGCUCUUUACAGCUGGAAUGACACUUGUUGAUUCUGCCGAUUCAAUCCUGAUGCUAUACGCGUAUGCGGGUGUCCCGGAUCGUGCGCUUUCCCUGUUUGAACUGCGCAUCCAGGAUGAAGUUAGCGAAGAAACCUCUAAGAGCCCGACGCCGGAUACAUCAAAUCCCGUUUCUCCAGACACUGCGCACUCACAAGCCUCCGAUCCGUUGGUCAAGAAAACGAAUGUGCAUGAUUCCGGCGCAGACAUAGAAGAAGCUGUUCCGAGCUUGCAUGAGGGCGCGGUUGACAGAAAUGAACCCGAUACUCCAAUGACGCGCCGCUCGCUUCGUGUCAAGCAACACACUAUGUCAGGCCUGAGUAUUGCGCUCACCCUUAUCAGUAUUCUCGUUGCAUUCAGCAUCUCGUUUAUCACAAUAAUGGGACUUAUCGGUGAAAAUUGUGUACCAUGCCAGCGCGCAGCAAAUGCCCCGGAUGGUGGAGGACUCGCUGGCAGCUGGUGGAGAGGCUGGGAAAAGGCGAACGACGCAUCAGGUUUUAUUGGUGCUGCUAUUGUAGGCGGAUUUAUCCUUGUCCUCGCCGGAUGGUAUAUUGGGCUUUGGGCUCUCCGCAAGAUGAAACUCAGGAUGGGAUUGAGAGGUUGA